GCACAUCCAGCUGCCAGCGCUGUUACUACAGCGGCUGAGCGGGCAGAGGAGAGGGCACCCACGGGGAAUACACUUAUCUUUAUACAUCUGAGACUUAAUAAUAAUAAUAAUAAUAAUAAUAAUAGAUAUAACUUAAGCUCGAGUCUCCAGGUCACAGAUCUGUUAAUGGACAAUUUGGGGGGGGGGGUGUCUUGAUGGAGUCACAGGUCCUCAGUCAUGUGUGACUCUUUGACAAAGUGGAGCGGAAGGUCCGGGCGCCCGGGUGGACUCGUCCCCGGCUCCCGCGCGUGACACCACGUUGGCUCGGCGAUGGUUGGCCUGGCGACGCGCUGACCAUGGGCGGACUGGGCGCGCAUCUGCUGGAGUCCAACUCCAGCGGCAACUUGACUCCCGCGGUGUCCGAGGCGGGCGCCGCGCUGCCGGGCUACCUGGUGGUGGUCUUGUCGGUGCUCAUGGUGACGCUGGUGGUGGUCGUGGUGGCCGGCAACGCGCUGGUCAUCAUGGCUUUCAUCGUGGACAAGAGCCUGAGGAAUCAGAGCAACUACUUCUUUCUGAACCUGGCCAUAUCUGAUUUUCUCGUGGGUGCCUUCUGUAUCCCGGUGUACAUCCCGUACAACCUGACGGGCCGAUGGAUGCUGGGUAAGGGUCUCUGCAAGGUGUGGCUGGUCAUGGACUACCUGCUCUGCACCGCAUCCGUCUUCAACAUUGUCCUCAUUAGCUAUGACCGCUUCCUGUCAGUCACAAGGGCUGUUAAAUACAGAGCACAAAGGAACAUGACCCGCCGGGCUGUGUUCAAGAUGGUGGCGGUGUGGGUGUUGGCCUUCCUCCUCUACGGCCCAGCCAUCAUCUUCUGGGAGGCGGUCGUCGGCCAGAGCAUCGUCCCGCCCCACGAGUGCUACGCCGAGUUUUACUUCACCUGGUACUUUCUGCUCAGCGCUUCGACCUUCGAGUUCUUCACCCCGUUCGUGUCGGUGGCCUUCUUCAACCUCAGCAUUUACCUGAACAUCCAUCGCAGGAACAAGAGCGGCGGCGCCUGCGCCGAGGAGGACGGCAGGGCCCAGAGGAACAAUAAGAAGUCCGGCGAUGCUGGAGCCUGGUCUGUGUUUUUUGUCAAAACUCGGAAGGUGUCGUCCAGCGAGCCCACCGCCAUCUCUGCGGUCAUCGAGGACGAUGACGUCCUUUCCCCCUCUUCCUGCGGCGAGCCAAACGCCAGUCAGAUACUAAUGCAGAGGGUGCAGUGCUCUCCGAACAGAGUCAACUCCAGGCUGUUCCAGCACACGGCCUCGUGCAUGGCGCCUGGUCGUCGGACACAGGGGUCCCGCCUCUCUCGAGACAAAAAGAUAGCCAAAUCGUUGGCCAUCAUUGUCUGCAUUUUUGGGCUUUGCUGGGCUCCCUACACUCUACUGAUGAUCAUCCGCGCGGCCUGUAGCGGUGAAUGUGUGGCAAACCACUGGUACGAGAUCACAUUCUGGCUCCUGUGGUUGAACUCCGCCAUCAAUCCGUUCCUGUACCCUCUGUGCCACAGCAGCUUCCGAAGGGCUUUCUCAAAGAUACUGUGUCCUAAAAGACAAUCGGUGCAGCCUCAGAUUGAGGCUCAGUCUUGUUAGAUGAACUCGACGACACUUCCACGCUGUAUGAACGCAGUAACUGUCGUUGGUCAAACACUGUAAAAAAAAUAAAAUCCAUAUACUGUUCUUCCAUCAAAAAAAGGAAAAAAGAAAGAUGCAGUUUUCAAAAAUAAGACAAAUGUUUACAUAAAGUGAGGAUUGCCACAGUUUAUCUGAAAGCAAUAAGGCAAGACAACGUAGUCAUGAAAAAAGUGUCCGAGAAUAAGAAAUUGCAGUUGUGAUAUAUAUUUACAUAAUACAUACAGUAUAUAUAUCAUAUAUAUUUACAUAUAUAUGAUAUAUAAUACGUAAAUGAAAGUCAAAUUAAUUGUUAUAAUAUUCGUAAUGAAAGGAUAAAGCAGAGGACUGUUGUGGCACCGAUUGUGCUUGAUUCAAGUGCCCCUAUGAAAGAUUUUCAUCUCUAUUUCAAAAAGUUAAAAAGUCCCCUCACAAUGACAAUCUCUGCAAGUAGCACACAAAGAAAUAAUGUGGGCAAGGGGUUUGUUCUCACCGUUGAGCUCUUAAAGUUCUGAAGGCUGUGAAAUGAGGACUUUUAGGCAGCGAGACAGACGGUGAUUACCAUCUUUUUGUCCAAGAAAGUUACGUGCAUUAAAAUAAGCACAGCAGAGGGAGACGACAGCGUGGGCAAACAUCCGUUUUUUUCACUGGGCCACUGUUAAUGGAAAAUAGUUCAACUACAAUUUAUACAGUCUUUAAUGGUUUAUGGUUUUAUAAGGUUUCAUGGCCCCUCUGCACAUGAAACCCUUUCACACAGAGUUUUGUAUUCAUUGCAGUUAAUUCGAGGAAGAAGGCCAUUUGCUUGUUUUUCAUCGUGCGGCAACAGGCACAGUGACACGUGUGGAGCCCCUGAACCCAAGAGACGAACCUGCAUUUGUUCACUGAAUACUGAGUGUUCUUUUCUUUCUUUUUUUUUUUACCACAGAGACGUUUUCUAUCAUAUUAUCUGAAUUAGGUGAGCGGAGCGGCAGGGUGAAUCAGCUGUCAUCUGCCAAUACUGAAUCUGCACUUACUUACUUCCUCGUUGAUGUUAAAAAAUGUACAGCACUUUAAAAAUGAGAUCAGCAUUAAAACUUUUGUACUAUGAUAUCUGUGCCAAGCUAGACGGUUGUGUUCUUUAAGUGUUGUAUUCAUUCAAAUACGACUCAAACUGCUACUUUAGUACUUUGUAUGUAGGCUAUGAAUGUGUCUGUGUAAGUAGUUGAUUAAAAAAAAUUUAAAAAACAA